AUGCAAAUCAGGCCGGUGGUGCAGCAGAGUCCAAUAAGAGGCGGAGGAACGACCCCUGAAGGUUCCACUGGUGUGUCUGCAGACCCUGUGAGAGCAGAGAGGAUCGGGUUCGAGGUCAAAACGCUUCGCUGGUUAUCUGAGAGUCGGAGGACGAUGAAGUCUGAGCUGAUCUGUGUGAUGGUCGUCUGUGUCUGCGGUGAGUCCCACUCAUUCAGGUCAGUCCCAGAGGACCUCAGACAGACCAGAGAGCAGUUUGUGAUUUUCUGAAGUUUUACUGUUCAAAUAAAAUUCCUCAAAUUAAACACCGUGUUUGACGGAUCGAAACAUCUCUGAAUGUUUUACGUUGUAAGCUACAAAUCUACAGAAAGAGGGUCUGUCUGAAAAUUCAAGAAAUAACUCAAUCGAUUAGUUUUGAACAAAAAAAUUAUCAGGUUUUGUUUUUUCUUUAGUUUGUUGUUUUAAUUUUCUUCAUUAAAGACGGAGAAGUUUAGUGUUUCGGACAGCUCUCUGGAUUUCCUCUCAUGAUUUAAAGUGUAAAUUCUUGUAUUUUUUUAUUUUGAGGGUCGAUUUUAGGGCCCCUGCUCUUUUCUUUAUAUUUGCUGCCCCUGGGAUCCAUCUUGAGAAAGCAUGGCAUUUCAUUUCAUUGUUACGCUGAUGACAGUCAGAUAUAUGUGCCACUUAACAAGAGAAAUGCUUUCUCCCUCACUCCACUUCUGGCGUGUCUUGAAGACAUCAAAGCCUGGAUGGCUUUGAAUUUCUUAAACUUCAAUGAAAAAAAAACAGAAGUGAUGGUCUUUGGUCCCAGUGGCCCUUGUGAAACCCCUCCUGUAAACUUGGGUAUUUUAGCAGAUUAUUUAAAGCCAACCGUCUCAAAUUUGGGUUUUAAGAUGGACAGUGAUUUUAAAUUCGACAGGCAAAUUAGCUCGGUAGUGAAAUCCAGUUUUUAUCAUAUUAGGCAGCUGGCGAAGGCAAAGCCUUUUCUUUCACAUAAGCACUUUGAAACAGUAAUCCAUGCCUUUGUUACAUCUCGGCUGGAUUACUGUAACGCACUUUAUUUUGGAGUCAGCCAGUCCUCCCUCUCACGUCUCCAGUUAGUUCAAAACGCAGCCGCCCGGCUCUUAACUGGAGUACGUAAGAGGGAGCACAUUACUCCCAUCCUGGCCUCCCUCCACUGGUUACCCGUGCAUUUUAGAGUUCAUUUUAAGAUUCUUUUAUUUGUUUUUAAAUCUUUAAAUGGUCUGGCUCCAUCUUACCUCUCUGAGCUUCUCCACCCCUACACCCCAGCUCGGUGCCUCAGGUCAGCUGAUCAGCUGCUCCUGGAGGUACCGAGGUCCAAACGGAAGCUCAGAGGGGAUAGAUCUUUUUCUGUUGCUGCCCCAAUUUUAUGGAACGAGCUACCCCUCCAAAUUAGAGAAGCCCCCACACUGUCCAUUUUUAAAACUCGUCUUAAAACCUAUUUUUAUUCAUUGGCUUUUAACCCUCCAUGAGACUCGGCUCCUGUUUUAGUGUUUUAUGGUUUGUUUUUAGUUAUUUGUUUCUAUGUUUUUAAAUUAGUUUUUAAAAACAUUGAAGCUAUAUUUUAUUAUUAAUUCUGCUUUUAUUUUAUCCAUUGUUUUAAUUGUUUUUUGAUUGUUUUUUAUCUUGUUGUUUUGUCUAGUUAUGUACAGCACUUUGUACAGCUGUGGUUGUUUUAAAGUGCUUAACAAAUAAAGUUGAGUUGAGUUGAGUAUUAUUCAUCUCCUCUUUUUUCUGUAUUUGCUCUGGAGUUACUGUGACUGAAGUCAUUUCCUCCCGGGGAUUAUUAAAGUAUUUCUGAUUUAUUUGCCUUCAUAAAAGAUCAAAUCAUCGGUGAGGUCGUGACACCUGUCCUCUUCCUGUCGUGUCACUUCCUGUCCACCUGUCAGGUGUUUGUUGGGAGCAGCAUGUCUCCGACCCGCCAGCCUCCACUCUGCAUGUGAGAGCCGGAGAGGAUGUCACCCUACACUGCCCCCUGCUGGACGUCUUUAACGCCACCAACAUCACCUCCACCACUUCUCCACCUGGCACCACCUCACCUGGCCCCGCCCCCUUUAUGAUCAGCUGGUACAGGAAGGUGCGAGGACAGAGACCUGAGCUGCUGCUGAGCUUCAGCUCCACAAACCACUCUGAAGUGAGGUUCAGCAAGACCCGGGUCAGGCUGCGUAAAGUCUCAUGGGGGUCUGACGGCUCGCUGAGGCUGCACGCCUCUCAGCGCAGCGAUGAGGCGGUUUAUUACUGCGGGAUCAGUCAGAAGGAGGGGAUGGAGAAAGGGCGCGCAGAGACCUCAGAUCUGAUGUGGACUGAGCAGGUUCAAGUUUGACUUCCUGUCAGAUGUUCCUCCUCUGAGCUUUGAAUCGAUUCCAGAGCGGCCAAGCGUCACGCAAUCUGACCCGUUCUCACGCCACACUUGACAUUUCUCUCUUUCUUCUCCCUGUUCGAUACUCUGUAUUGAUUUUUUUCAUGAUUAUAAACUCGGCUCGCCGUAGUUCGAGGAACUCUGAUUGACUGACCGAGAUAAUCAAUCCCAGACCGGUCCAUCAGUCCUCUGUGCCGAACGCUGCGUUCGAGUUUCCUCAGGAGUCAGAAGUCGGAGCUGAAAAUGACGUCACACCCGAGUUCCCAGCGUUUCAUUUACCAAGUCAGAAAAAAGCUAAAUCAGAGGCGUGAAGCAAGAUGGCGACAUCUACGAAGGUUAUAUUAGCGUUUGUCUUGACUGAAUAUAAGGCAAGCACUAAAAUAACUUUCGUAGAUGUCGCCAUCUUGUUUCCACCUGACUGAGUUAUUUUGGGUCUUGGCGUCUCUACCAAUUUUUAGCACACAACAGCGCCAACAUUUAGAAACCUACUCGACGUCACGCGAUUUGGACAAAUAAAUGUAUUUUAUCAAAUUCUUGUUAUGAUUUUAAUUUCUGGUUAAUUAAGACGAGCGUUAGGGAGAGCGGCUGGCGUGGAGGUGAGGACGUCAGUCUGAAGGUAGAAAUCGACACUAAAAAAGGUUAAAAAAGUUUCACCGAUGGCCGAACACAUCGGACCGCUGAAGUCUCACUCUUGUCAUUUUCUUAAACUUGGCAGUCCUGUGAUUCUGAUGACUUUAACUUCAUAUCCUGUUUUUUCCUGAGUAAACAAAUAAAUACAGUCACAAAUAAUAACAGUGUUUUUUUUAACCUUCUUAUGGACAGUAGAGAGUGUUUUUUUUUUAACCUGUAGGUUUUUAGUCCCUUUAUUUCACAUCUUACUCUGAAUUUUGGUUCCUCCUUGUAUUUGCUCCCUGUCCUUCAGUCACUGCAGACUAAUGUCCUCUGCUUCUUUAUUGUAUGUUGGGUUAAUAAACUCUUUAAAGUGACUCUGAUCUUCUCAUGUUGUUUUUUCUUUGAUUUAUUCUGAAAAUACCUGAACAUGCUGAGAGAAAGGGGAUGAAUGAGAACGGGUUUGACAGGAAUCCUGGUCCUCCCGUUUGUGAGGCGCCAUUUUGUCUGUUGUCAGAACCGCUCCCUUUCCCGCGUCUUCCCCGUCUUCCUCGUCAUGCUAGCUAAUAGCAUUAGCAGCUAAAGGAAAACAAGCUAACUCCUGCAGUGGUAAGAGCCUCAAACUUCGUCUUAUUCUCUGUCGGAGUCAAACGUACUUUAGUUCUCCUCCAUCUGUGUCGUCCUGUGACUUUAAACCCUCACUUUUCUUUACUUUGACUUUUGUUUAACGAUCGCCCGUCCGUUUGGCUGCAAUACCGCCUCUCACCACCCACACUUAACUAAGUUUAAGGUUUACAGUAUAGAGGGCGCUGUUUCACCCCUUAAAGGAGUCCGCCUGUGUUCAGAGAAGACAUUUCCAUCUCAUAUUUUACUAAAUUCAGUUGUUUAAAUAAGAAAAGACAAACUGUAGGACCACAGUAACUUCAAACAUUCAUAUCAUCAGUAAAACAUGACUGUUUUUAUGUUUUGUCUUUAAAGUGGCAGAAAUUUACCUCUUUGUCCUUUUAAACAGAAACAUAUUCUGCUCAUUUAGUUCUCUUAUGUUUGUAUUUUGUCCUGUAUUUUCAUGGUAAUCUGAAAAAUAGUAGUUAGAGUUAAUCUGUAUUCUCACUUAAAACAGAAUCAACAGAAUAUCAGAUGAAGUUAUAAAGAUAUUUUUUCAUUAUCUGUCUGUUUUUGAUUUUAACAGACUUUAAUUUCCCCUGUAGAAUGACACGUUCUGACUGUAUUCUGUUUGGUGUUUGUGGGGAAUCUGACAGUUUGGAAAAUAUAUAUUUUUACUACGGGGACCAACAGAUGAGGCAACAGCCGAGAGAGAAAAGUUCCUGUUUUUCUGUCGUUCACCAACCGUCUGAACCAACCGUUGGUCUGAUCCUGAGGCGGUUUGUCUCCUCUGGAGACCUCUGCUGUUCUGCUCAGACGGUUUUCAUGUUUCUGUUUCCCACAAAGUCUGCAGGAUCACAAACAACAGAGACCUGCAGGAUUCACAGAGAACAGAGACCUGCAGGAUUCACAGAGAACAGAGACCUGCAGGACUCACAGACGGUGAGGCAGAGUCUGCAGACACUGAAGGUAAGUGCAUUUUAAAACUCCUUAAAGGUUUGAUUCAGGUGACUUUAGUUAAAAUUCUGACCUCUUUAUUUUUAAAUUAGAGGUUUUUUUUAAGUUCAGAUCCUGAAAUAAAGAGCUGCUUAUUUCUAACCAUGACCCUGACCCAGACUCCACAUGUACACCUGUCCUAGAAUUAAAGCUACUGUGAGGAAUUUUCACCCACUUAUGAAACAGAUGGGUGUUUAUAUUAUUACUUUUUAUUUAUCAGUUAUUAGAGGAAUUAUUGCUGAUUAGUUAUUGUUAUUAACUGUUAGUGGAGGUAGGUGACAUGUGUUUCCAUGGUAACAGUUUCUGUGGAGUGUUUAUUUUAAGGAAAGUUUAUUGUUAUGGUAAUUUAAACUUUAAGAGUUAUUAAAAAGCCUCUAGAAGAAUGUUUUUGUAAUAAUCUGUUAUAUAACCUGACCUGGUCUGUGGUUACAGGUGAGGCUGAGCCGAUGGAGCGUAAAGACUCCAGGAUGAGAACUUUGCUGACGCUCCUCCUCCUCCUCCUGCUGUGGGUCCCUGUUAACACUUCAGAUCUCAACAUUGAAUUUAGUUUUUCCUCCAGAGGAUUUAAAAACUUUUUCAUCUGCUGCAGGUGUGGGAGUGUUCGGUCUCUGCCCAGAGGACAGCCCGCCUCCUUCUCGGUGCUCUUCAGUGAAGGAACUCUGCUGCUGGUGGACGAGGGUGAGGAAGCUGCCGACCACGAUGAAGAGGGUCCUUCUCAACGCCAAAACACGAGAACAUGUACGUCUUCACCGUGGUUUGGUUGGAUUUUCUUUUUAAGUCAUAAUGAUCUGAAACCUCUCAGAUCGGAUCCUAAUGAGACUUCUUUGAAUAAAUACGUUUUUUUUUCUCACAGUAUAAAAAAACAUCUCAGUCCUAACAACGUUCAAACGUAACCAUGGUGAUAUUCUGACCGUAGUCUGGAAAACAUCGGCUUCAAAUAGAUCGACACGUUUUCUGAUCACUGUUAGUCGUUUCGACCUCCCGGGGCGCUUUAACCGAAAUACUGCUCUGUGUGAUGUGUGUGUAAAUGUUUGUGUGUAUAAUUGUGUGUAAAUGUUUGUGUGUAUAAUUGUGUGUAUGUGUGUAAAUGUUUGUGUGAAUAAAUGUGUAUUAUUGUGUGUAAAUGUUUGUGUGUAUAAUUGUGUGUAUGUGUGUAAAUGUUUGUGUGUAUAAUUGUGUAUUAUUGUGUGUAAAUGUUUGUGUGUAUAAAUGUGUAUUAUUGUGUGUAAAUGUUUGUGUGUAUAAUUGUGUGUAUGUGUGUGUAAAUGUUUGUGUGUAUAAAUGUGUAUUAUUGUGUGUAAAUGUUUGUGUGUAUAAUUGUGUGUAUGUGUGUGUAAAUGUUUGUGUGUAUAAAUGUGUAUUAUUGUGUGUAAAUGUUUGUGUGUAUAAAUGUGUAUUAUUGUGUGUAAAUGUUUGUGUGUAUAAUUGUGUAUUAUUGUGUGUAAAUGUUUGUGUGUAUAAAUGUGUAUUAUUGUGUGUAAAUGUUUGUGUGUAUAAAUGUGUAUUAUUGUGUGUAAAUGUUUGUGCGUUUAAUUGUGUUUAUGUGUGUGAAUGUUUGUGUGUAUAAUUGUGUAUUAUUGUGUGUAAAUGUUUGUGCGUUUAAUUGUGUUUAUGUGUGUAAAUGUUUGUGUGUAUAAUUGUGUAUUAUUGUGUGUAAAUGUUUGUGUGUUUGUGCAGGUUCGGCUCCGUCCAUCCAGCUCCUCUCAUCUCUGGCGCCCCCUCAUGAUCCAGGUUCGCCUCACCUGCUGGUCUGCCUCAUUACGGGGUUACUCUCGCCUCAGCAGGACGUCCUGUGGUGGGUCAAUGACACACUGGUGAUGUCAUCAGAAUCUCAGGUGUCAUGGGUGAUGUCAGAGGAGGGCGGGGCCCACAGCGCCACCUCCGUGUUGGAGGUGUCAGCGGCGGAGUGGAGGUCCAGAUCCUCGUACUGGUGCGGGACAAUCCAGGGGACACAAGUCUACAGAGAGAGACUCUGCUGA